UUGAAUUCAACUGAAGGAUUUUGAAUGAAUAAAUACGUUCAUAUUAGCCACAAUUGCAAAAGAGAAAACCAUUUUCGCGUGAGCAAAGAAUGGGUCUAUUAGAUCUGGAAAAGCACUUCGCGUUCUACGGCGCGUAUCACAGCAACCCAAUAAACGUAGCAAUCCACAUCGUCUUUGUUUGGCCCAUCCUUUUCACCGCUCUCAUUAUCCUCUAUUUCACCCCUCCCCUCUUUUCUCCUUCCCAAACACUUCUUAAUCUUCUCCACCCUGUUUUAAUUUUCAACCUUGGUUUCUUCUUCACCGUUUUCUAUGCUCUCUUCUAUGCUGCUUUGGAUGUGAAAGCUGGUUCCUUCGUUGCUUUCCUCACUUUUCUCUCUUGGGUUUCUUCUAGUUUCGUCGCCAAUUCCCUCGGCUUUGACCUCGCUUGGAAGAUAGUGUUGGCGGCUCAAGUGUUCUGUUGGACCGGUCAAUUUAUUGGUCAUGGUGUAUUUGAGAAACGUGCACCAGCUCUAUUGGACAAUCUUGCUCAAGCUUUUCUAAUGGCUCCUUUCUUUGUGGUUCUUGAGAUUCUCCAAUCAUCCAUUGGAUAUGAACCAUAUCCUGGAUUUGAGACAAAGGUGAAGGCAAGGAUAGAUGCUAAUAUCAAAGAAUGGCAGGACAAGAAACAAAAGAAACUUUCUUAAUUUCGAAAAACUUUUUUACAACUUGGUUGAUAUAUAUUUGGAGACAAAUAAUAAUUUCCAGAGACAAAUAACAUUAACGUUGUUGAUAUAUAUUUGAAGAUAAUGUUGGAAAAAGUAUAAAUAUAUAUAUAUAUAUAUAUAUAUAUAUAUAUA